ACAAUCUAAUUGGUAAUAUUUGCAGCUGGACCUGCAAAAUUACUACGUUGUGCAGCACUAUAAAUAGUUUUGUGUAGUUGGCAACGCGGUUUCUUAGCGUCAGCUGAUUGGCAGCACAUGGGACCGGCAUUGUUUUUUGAUUUGGAACGCGCUUCAGUAUAAACAAAUUUGAUUAUGACAAGUAGCAACUUUGUAAUGCCUGGCGAUCGUGUCAGUUCCAUCGAGGAUCUGGCUAAGACAAAGCGCGUCAUACUGGGACCUGGACUUCGGCGACUAGACGACAAAGUAGUGGCUAGCAAAGCAGGACCGCUGCGCCAUAAGGAGCCGAACACCUUCUGGGUGGACAACUAUCAGCGACGAUAUGUGCCGGCACGAGGCGAUUUAGUGCUUGGCAUAGUGCGUGCCAAGGCGGGCGAUGUAUACCGCGUAGACAUUGGCUCGGCAGAUGUGGCGACCAUUUCGUAUCUCGCUUUUGAGGCGGCCACAAAAAAGAACCGGCCAGAUCUCAACCCUGGGGACAUGAUAUACGCACGAGUACUAAAUGCUAACGCAGACAUUGAACCAGAGCUGGUGUGCGUUAAUUCGAAUGGCAAGCGGGGCAAACUGGGCGUGCUCCAAGAUGGAUUCUUCUUCAAGUGCAGCCUGAAUCUGGGACGCAUGCUGCUGCGAGAGAAUUGCCCGGCAUUGGGAGCGUUGAAUGAAGAAUUGCCCUACGAGAUCGCUGUGGGAGUUAACGGACGCAUCUGGGUGAAGGCGCACACGCCACGAGACACUCUGGGACUGGUCAAUGCCAUUUUGUCGCUGGAAAAUGCGGGCUAUGCAGAGAUCGAGAAGGUAUGCGGGAAUCUGACCGAAGUGAUGCAAACGUAAUAAAAUGAUUAACUAAUUUUGCACUUACAUUUUAAGAAAGUUAGUCUAAAGUUUAUAUUUGAAAAUGUGAGAAAAAGUAAAUGUUUACAAUGUACAAAUUUGAA